AUGGUGCGUGGAGAAUUCAGAAAUGAACUUUAUCCGCCUGAGACCGAAGAUAAAGCAUCUCUAUAUUUGGUAUCAGAUCAAACUUUGCAGCAUUCCCUGCAGAAGGCUCAAGGCUGCCCUAGAGUCGGUGAGAAAGGGCCUCAGCUUUCGCCAUGCCUUUUGACGGACGUUGAAAAUGAUUUCUCAUUUGGGGAUUCAGAUGUCCAGAAGGAACCUGGCUCAAAGAAGCGAGCUAGAACUGAAUCUUGUGCUCCGUCAAGUUCCAAAGCGAGAAGGGAGAAACAACGAAGGGAUAACAUGAAUGACAAGUUUAUGGAAUUGAGUGCUCUCUUGGAGCCUGGAAAACCUCCCAAAACAGACAAGGCUUCUAUUUUGCUCGAUGCUGCUCGCUUUGCCGAGAAGAAUGAGCUCCGCGAUGAGAAGCAAAGGUUUAAGGCUGAGAAGGAAAAGCUAGAGCAACAACUAAAGACAACAAAUGUGCAACCUGGCUUUCUACCCACUCCUGCCAUGCCUGCUGCAUUUGCUGCCCAAGGUCAGGCUACAGCGAACAAGUUUGUGCCAGUCAUCAGCUAUCCAGGAGUCGCCAUGUGGCAGUUCAUGCCUCCUGCUGCUGUCGAUAUUUCACAGGAUCAUGUGCUUCGUCCGCCAGUUGCCUAA